AUGGAUAAUAUACCCACAAGAGUUGAUCCAGUUGUUUGGGAUCUAGGAACUAAUGUGGACAAACACAAGGAAGUACGACUAGCUGAAGGAAAUAACAAGUGCCAAGGAAGAGUGGAAGUAAAGUAUGGAGAUACAUGGCACACAGUAUGUGACCGAUAUUUUGACCACAUGGAUGCUUCUGUCAUCUGCUACGGACUGGGGUGUGAACAUCCAAAAGACAUACUAAAAGGUGCUCAUUUUGGGAAAGGAAAUGAUAAAAUAUUGGAGCAUAAUAUCCAGUGCAAAGGAAAUGAAUCACAUCUAUUCUUCUGUAAGCUGUCAUCUAUAGAGCUUCACAACUGUUCACAUGCAGAUGAUGUCGGAUUAAUAUGUAGAGGGUACAGAGACUACAGGCUAGUGAAUGGUUCUGAUCACUGUUCUGGUAGAGUAGAACUCCAAUAUGGAUAUGAAUGGAAGACGGUUUGUGACGUGCACUGGGACUUGGAAGAUGCCAAUGUGCUUUGCCACCAGCUGAACUGUGGGUUUGCUGAAUCCACACAUGGAAAUGCUUAUUUUGGGUCUGGAGAUGGACGUUUGUUGGAUGAACAUUUUUUCUGUAGUGGUAAUGAAUCUCACCUUCUGGAAUGUCCUGUUUUAAACUUUGGUCAGCAGGCUUGCAGCCAUAAACAAGACACUGGAGUCAUUUGCACAGGUAGCAGCAAGGAAGGAAGUGAAGUAAGAUCCUCGGGUAGUAGGUCCCAGCUUUUACCAGCUGUGUUAGAGAACAAACACAUGCAGCUGAGACUGGUUAAUGGCGGAGGGGACUGUGCUGGAAGAACUGAAGUUUAUUACAAUGGAUCAUGGGGCACGGUCUGUGAUGACUUCUGGGACCUGCAGGAUGCAAAUGUUGUCUGUAAGCAGCUCAAAUGUGGCCAUGCCAUAUCAGCAAACACCUCAGGAUCAUUUGGAAAAGGUUUGGGACCUAUUUGGUUGGAUAACGUUAAUUGCUCGGGGACUGAAUCCUUGGUGUGGGAGUGUCCCUCUGCAGGAUGGGGCCAGCAUAACUGCCAUCACAAAGAAGAUGCAGGUGCUGUAUGUUCUGAAUUUAAGCAGCUCAGACUUGCCAAUGGAGAGAAUCGCUGUCAAGGAAGGCUAGAAGUAUUCCACAACGGGACGUGGGGUACUGUAUGUUCCAAUGGUUUGUCAAGGAAUUCUCCAGCAAUUAGAAUAGUUUGCCAGCAGUUAUCAUGUGGACAGAGUGGUGACUUACAAACAUCAUCUAAGUUUGGAAAAAGUUUGAAUCAUAAAUCUGUUAACAAUGUCAACUGCCUAGAGCAUCAUUUGUCUCUCUGGCAAUGUCCUUCAUCAGCCUGGUUUGACAAACCAUGUGAUUCUGAUGAGGAAGUUCACAUCAUCUGCUCAGAUACCAGUGAAAGACAUAUUGGAAUACCAAAGCCAUUGCCUUGUAAUAACAAAUCAUUGGGGAUGAAUUGUAUAGGUAAAUGA